AUGACGAGCGGUGGGGAGAAUAGGAAGAAGGGCGCCGAGGGCGAUGUCGUUGCCUCCCCGGUCAAAGACCCCUCUCGCCUGUCACCACACAAGCUCACCAGGAGGAGGGCCACCUCGACCAGCCCCGGCGAGAGCGACAAGGCCAAGGCCGAACUGGCUGAGACCUCUAGCGGCACCAGCAGGGCACUCAACCGAGCCAGUGGGUACUUUGGCAAGAUCAAACAGCAAAAGCCACCCCGCGUGCCGCCGCUGCCAGCAAAGGCCACCGCCGCAGCCGCCACCGCCGCCGCCAAUCUUGUCGUGCCACCACUUCCCGGAUCGUCAUCCUCAAAGAGCGAGGCCGUCUCUCUUCCUGCUGCUGCUGCUGUUGAAGGGUCCGUCAACCACCGCCUCUCCUCGCAGACCAACCUCUCAGCCACGUCAGAUGCGGGCAGUGGAGGUACUGGCAGCACCGCCAUCACGGAACCGUCGCAGACCGCCGCCGAGAACAUGUCCUCGCAGCAGAAGUCCCAGCCGCAGCGCGACCCCCUCUGGGCCACCUUCAGGAGGCUCGACUCCGAGUACGCCAUCUUCCUCACCAAGGCCACGACCGCCCAGAGGAUCCUCAUCGCCAGGAACACCCUGAUCCCUUUCCUGCGGAACCACGGCGGCCAGGGCGGUGCCCUGUCUCCCGAAGACGUCGACCGCCGCGCCACCAUCUUACACAAGUGGUGGAAUGGACUGCUCGGGCUCCUCGAGGGGACGGGAUCCAGGAACGGCGACGGUCUUGCUCCUGUGUCGGGGGCGGACCGCCCCGGCCUCCUCGAGCUCAUCACGUACAUCAUGAUGCGGCCAGAGUGGAGGAUGUGCACGCCUUGCUUCCGCCCGCUGAAGGAUAAGCCGGCGGCGGCACAGGGCGUUGCCGCUCGUGGCCGCGUCCAGGCGAGAGAGUCUACCGAUUGCAUAGUCGAGUCCGCCGAGCACAACGUCAGGACCAUGUUCGUCAACAACCUCCUGACCCAGAUGGCCAUCGUGGUCGACAGGAUGUCUGGCAGACAUGCGCCAUCCUCCCUGGUCACCUUCUGCGGGAAGGCCUGUGCCUACGCCUUCUUCUUCGUCCCUGGCAUCGCCGAGGUUCUGGCCCGGCUCUGGGGCCUCACCCCGGACCUGCUGAGGCGCGUGGCAGACGAGUUCGGCCUCCCCAAGAGGAGCAAGGCUGGGAGCGAAGAUGUUGUGUCCCUGUUCCCGCCCAACCUACAGAAGCUGGGCUGGACGUCGGUCAAGACCAUGAUCGACAACCUGCGCCUGACGACGAAGUUGUCCCUCGUCGCCGCCAACAUUCAGUGGCACGGCCCUUGGAUCUCGAGAUGGCGCGGCGGAGACUCGGACCUCUUCUUCAUCUUCUGCAAAUACUACUACAUUCUUGCGGAUGACUUCAUGCCGGCCGACUUGCCGUUGUCUGACAAGGCCAGGGCGCCGGGCUUUGCUCUGAUCCACGCCCAGCUCCUGAGCGUGCUCGACACCACCAUCCACCAUCGCCAGGCUGCCUUUGAAAACAUGAUGGCCCCGACCAUCCUAGACCCGGCCAGCGGCGCGGAUGCCAUGGCUGCCGCUCUGUCACAGCUGCCGCCGAGCAACCUGUUGCGGGGCAUGGACGAGAACCGGCUCAUCGUCCUCCUCAAGGACAUGCUGGCAGAGAACGCCGUGGGAGGCCUGACAGCCGGUGCUCGGGAGACGUUCGCCAUCGGGUUCAUGUCGAUCCUGAAAGCGGCCACCAAGAAGACACCCGUCUUUAGGCAAGCUCCAGUCCUCAUGCUGAUGGACUUCUUCCACGAGGUGCUCCUGGCGUUCGACGCCUAUGCUGGUUACACCGAUCCGGAGUGCAAGGAGCGACAGCUGCAGCUACGAGACCACGUCGACUGGCCCUUUUGGCUCGAGGUCUGCCACAAGAUCUUGUUCGAGUCGAACAGCACCAUGUCGGAGAUUCGCGUCCUAUCGUUCAUCUUCUCGGCCUGGGAUAUCCUCACCGCAGACGCCGCCCGGAAGGAGAAGCUCUGCAUCGGCUGGUUAUUGUCAGAGGAGGUCUUUGACAAGUUCUUCAACAAUUACACGCCCAUGGUCCGAGCCUACUUUAUGCGCCUGCUGUGCUGGAGAGUAUGCCGUGAUCAGGGCAGCCCCAAUGAGCUGGAUAUGAAAAUUUUCACCACCGUUGCCGAUCGGCUCAAGCAGGCGUGGUCGCACUAUCUCUGGCUGAAGCAGACAGCCGACGCAGCGGGCAAGCUGCCUCCUUCUACAGCACCUUGUCAUCCUCAGCCAGGCAAGAGGUUUAUGAUCAUACGCAUCGAAGUGCCUCCUCCACACACUGGCCUACUACAAACAGGUUUCGACAUCAUGAACAGCGCGGUAGGCAGCCACGAAACAAGCCCUACCGAAUCGAGUCAGAGCGAGAGCAGUGGUGAUCCGCCCACAGCGCAGGCGGACCCGACGAACAAGAAGAGGUGGUCGAUUCUGGGUAGGAUGCUGAGCUUCACAUCAUCCAGUGGGCCGAGCGCUCCUGCGGCUGCAGAGGCUGCCAAACGGAACAACACCCCGAGCAACGACCUGGAGGCGGUGCGGCGGGAGACGGCUGCUGAGCGGUCCAAACCUCCGCCGCCGCCCAAGGGCUCCUCCACCUCGGGAGAGUCAGAUGCCUCGUCGACCGGGUCCGCCCCGGUCUACGAUACGGCCCAGUUCGUGUUCAAGUUUACCCUCGGUGCCCUCCCCUGGAACCCGAGCCUGGACAUGAUCAGCGCCGCGUCUACCAUGCUAUCCACGCUCCCUCGAGAGCGACCUCUGUCGAGACCGCGCCUCCCAGCCCCUGCGCAGGCAAGGGUCAGCGCGCGUGCGGCCUCGUCGGGCUCGCGGGAGGACAGCCCUCCCCCUCCGUCGCCAGGGAUGCCUCCUCCCGAGAGAAUGUACUCUGGCACAUCGCAGGGAGGCCUGAUCAGCGGCGCACGCAACGCUACACCUCUCGAGGAUGGGGACGCCGAGGCCGGUCCCAGCCAGAGCGGCGAUUUUUCUGGCUUCAACUUCAACCUGCCCGAGAUUCAGCGCGUGACGAGCAUUGAGACCAUUGAUGUUUUCGUCAAGAGCCCGGCGCCGGAUAACGACUCAGUAGCAUCGUCCUCUAGGGGCAGCAGCGGGCGCUUGGAAGUUCCUCGUGGCCGGACUGAAGCCAAGCGUCAAGUCGUCCAGCCCAUCCAGCCGGUGGGCAUCUUCAAGGACCGGGCCACGUACUCGGGCCGCGCUCUUGCGGAAUGGAGCAUCGUCGUGCACGAGUGCAACUCCUUUAUCGACCGCCGGCGCGACGAGGGCGUCUGCGGGCUCAAGGAUGUCGAGGUACCGAGCCUUGGCGUCGAAAACCUGCGCAGGAUGGGCUAG